UUGUUUAGCAGACACGUAUUUAACAUUUUGACAGCAAAAGUUUAUCACAGUCGCAGUUGUGUUUUGAAGCUAGGAGCACAAGUAUCAUUGAGGUACGGUACCAGUUCUGUUGGAAUUUUGAAGAAAUAUUGGAAUGGAUGCCAUAAAAAAUGACUGGUUUAGUGAGUUGAGUACAUUGUGGCCGGGAGUCUGCCUCUCACUGGAGGUUGAGAAAGUCCUACACUCUGAAAAAUCCGAGUUCCAAGACAUUAAAGUGCUUCAAACGAAAAAUCAUGGUAAAGCCUUGAUACUGGACGGUAUCAUUCAGUGCACCGAAUAUGAUGAGUUUUCCUAUCAGGAAAUGAUCAGCUUUAUACCGCUAUGCAGUCAUCCAAGUCCGAAACAGGUGUUGAUAGUAGGCGGCGGAGACGGUGGUGUAGCACGGGAGGUGGUGAAACACCCGCUCGUCGAGCAGGUGACUCAAGUGGAGAUCGACGCGAGGGUAAUGGAGGUGUCCAAGCAGUAUCUGCCCACCAUGGGUGCGGCACUCUCCCAUCCCAAGGUCAACGUGUUUGUGGGUGACGGAUUCAAGUUCAUGAAAGAGCAUACCAACCAGUUCGACGUCAUCAUUACUGAUUCCUCCGAUCCCAUUGGGCCGGCCGAAUCGCUGUUCCAACAGAGCUACUUCGAGCUGAUGCAGUCGGCACUGCGCCCGGGAGGCGUGGUGUGCUCGCAGGCGGGGACGGUGUGGUGCGGCCUCGACACCGUUGUCAGGACGUUCAACUUCUGCCGCAGUGUGUUCGCCGCCUCCAGCUAUGCAUACAGCGCCGUGCCUACCUAUCCUACCGGACAGAUCGGUUAUGUGCUCGGUGCCAAGAGUGCGACAACAAACUUCAAGGAGCCUGUGAGGAUAUUCUCCGAAACGGAGCUGGAAAAAAUGGAACUCCGCUACUAUUCUCCCGAGAUACAUAGAGCUGCUUUUGUUCUGCCAAGGUUCGCCGAGAAGGCACUCUAUGGGGCGGAGCCUCGGGUCAACGGUAGCAAGCACGACUGACUCAAUCCUACUACAAAACAUGCAAGAACGGUCGAAAUGGUAUUUCAUGCCAUCUAGUUGAUUAAGGUACUUAUUUAUACAUCCAAUGGGGGAACUUUUAAUGGAGAUGAGUAUUAGGUAAAUUAUUGAAUAGUUUCCGACUAUUGUUCCCACAGCCAUCAUCUGACAAUAGUUUUGCAAUUUGAAAAUGUUCAACACCAAAGAUUGCUACAUGCAGACAAUAGUUUUCGGCCAGAAGAAAUUUGUCAAUUAUUACCUACUGGUUUUACCUGUGAAAUUUGACGAUCAGUUGAAGGAGACUACAGAUUGAGCCAUUGAUUGAAAUACUAUCGGCCAGUUGCAAAAAAUCCAAUCAAAUUUAACCGCCAUAGAAUACGGUUACCUAAUGGAUCGGAUCUAACGUCAAUGCAAUGACCUCAUUUUAUUGUAGGUGCAUUCUAUUGGAUUUAGUGCAACUGUCUGACUGAGCCCCAGUUGCAUAAAAGCCUGUUCAAUUUUAAUCGUGAUUAAAUGCCACGAGAGCCAAUCAGGGAAGACGUUUUCUAAAAUAAGGCUUCCCUGUUUGGUUAACGUGACAUUUAAUAAUAAUAAUAUUUUACAGGCUUUUGUGCAACCCGGCCUGAGUGUCUGUUGAGAAAUAUGCCAUAUGAACAAUAGACACACUUUUAAUAAUUGUUUCGUAAUUUUUCAAAUACAUUAUUAAUUUUUGGUUGAAGAAAAUAUUAAAUCAAUAAGUAUUCUUAGUUCCUCAAAAGGCAUUAGACUGAAUAACACUACCUAGAGAUAAGGAAACGUUAACAUAGGAACUGAAAAAUUAGAUUCCGCAUUUCAAACGUGAUUGUGAUUUAAAAAUACCAUGAAACUGUAUAAAAUACUCUACUAAUCUGAAAUUUUAAUUUCACAAAUGAAUGAGUCUAUUCAUUCACUCAAAAUUGUUUUAAAGUUGAAAAUACAUUGCAAGAAUGGAGAUUUCAAUCUCUUUCUGCCAACAAUUCUUGUGUUCAUUCUAAAAUAAUAGAUCCAACUUAAUGAAAUAUAUCGUCCAUUUCAGAUGAAAUAUAUAGUAAAUUUUCAAUUUACUGUUCAUUAGAUGUAGGCUACCUAAAGGUGCGUACAGAUUUACGCGCCGCGAACAUGGGCAAUUCACUUUUAAUCAGCUGAUGCCAAGCUUUUUAUAUCUGUAUCUUACCGUUUCUGUAAAAAUACAGAUAUAGUCAGCUGAUUAAAAGUGAAUUGCUCAUGUUCGCGGCGCGUAUAUCUGUACGCACCUUUACCUACAAAUUAUCAACAGUGCUAUGAUGUAAUAGCAUGAUAAGUUUAGCACUUGAAUCUGUCAAGAUAAAUACAUUUAAAUGAUUUAAAAAUG